AUGCAUGCAAUGCGAUUGAAUCCGAAUGGGGACGCAUCGACCUUCCCUAAACGUUCGGCCUUGCCACACAUUGCUGGCACACCAAAGGACAAUGCUUGGUUUUGGGGCGGCAACGACGAACUCGGUCGAUUAAACCUCCUCACCCCACAGCGAAUAGCAAAAACCACACAAGAAAAUGUCAAAACGGGAGAAUCAGUAUCACUGGACUUGCCAUUGAACGUUCCCGGCCCAGCCUUCUUUGGACGAAAAGGAUUGAAACAUCGCAUCAAGAACAUAGCCCCCGGCGCUUUCGAUGAUGAACUAGCAUUCAACACGCAGAGCAGUAGCCAGUGGGAUGGCUUCCGCCAUUUCGCGCAUCCAACAUAUAACUGCCAUUACAACGGCGUUAUCUCUGACGAAAUAAUGGCCGAUUUAGACGGCGAUGGAGAAGAUGGCGAAGAAGCACCUGAGCGCUCAAGAAAGCUCGGCAUCGAUGCCUGGGCUAAGAAAGGCAUUAUAGGCCGCGGUAUCCUCCUCGACGUAUACUCUUGGGUCCAGAAGUCGGGCAAAGCAUAUGAUCCUUUCACCAAACACUCCAUAACAGCCGAUGAUCUUCGUGAAUGUGCAGAGUCACAAGGCACGUCGUUUCAAACCGGUGACAUACUCCUAAUACGCACUGGAUGGCUUUCAACAUACAAUGCCCUCUCUAUCGCCCAGAAAUCUGAGCGCAGCACCAUGCCACUAGAUCAACACUUUUACGCUGGUCUCGAUGCCACAGAUCCCAUGAAAGAUUUCUUAUAUGACAACUACUUUGCGGCUGCUGCGACAGAUAACGCCAAUUUUGAGGUUUGGCCGCCGGAAAGCUGGGAGGGGAGUCUACAUGCAAGUAUGCUUAGCAUGUGGGGCAUGCCGAUCGGAGAGCUUUGGAAUUUCGAAACGCUGGCGGAGAUGUGCUGGGAGAAGGGGAGGUGGGAGUUUUUGGUUGUCAGUAAACCGGUUGACGUACCUGGGGGUGUUGGGAGCUUGCCGAAUGCGGUUGCGAUAUUCUGA